AUGGCACCAGCAGCUGCGGGAGAAAGAAGUUUAAAGGAGACGCCAACAUGGGCUGUUGCCAUCGCCUGUGCAGUUUUCAUAGUUAUUUCUGUUAUCAUAGAACAAGCAAUUCAUGCUCUUGGAAAGUGGUUCCAGAAACGCAAUAAGAAAGCUAUGCUUGAAGCUUUGGAGAAAAUAAAAGCUGAGCUAAUGCUUUUGGGGUUCAUAUCUCUACUGCUUACUGUUGGAACACGAUUUCUUCCAAAAAUAUGCAUCUCAACCAAGUAUGGUGAUACCAUGCUUCCGUGUCAGUUAAACGAGUCUAAGUAUAGUGACAAUGGCGGCAAGGAUAAAGGUAAUAAAGGAGGAGGCGACGAUGAUCGACGACGAAAGUUACUGUCACAUGCUGAAAACGUGAUCUGGCGUCGGGUUUUAGCCCCUAGUGCAGGAGAUUCAUCUUCUUGCGCAGGAGGUAAAGUACCAUUGAUAUCUGCAUCUGGGAUGCACCAAUUGCAUAUAUUCAUCUUCGUGCUUGCUGUUUUUCAUGUUUUCUACAGUGUCAUCACUAUGGCACUUGCGCAGGCCAAAAUGAAGAAAUGGAAAGCUUGGGAAUCAGAGACAUCGUCCUUGGAAUAUCAGUUUACAAAUGAUCCUUCAAGAUUCAGGUUUACUCGACAAACUUCGUUUGUGAAGCGUCACUCUGGCUUUUCUACAAUGCCUGGAAUAAGAUGGAUUGUGGCAUUCUUCAGGCAAUUCUUUGGUUCAGUAACAAGGGUGGACUAUUUGACCAUGCGCCACGGAUUUAUUAAUGCACAUUUUGCUCCAAAUAGCAAAUUUGACUUCCAUAAGUAUAUUAAGAGAUCCAUGGAAGAUGACUUUAAGGUCGUCGUGGGAAUCAGUUUACCACUAUGGAUUUUUGCCGUCGUUUUUUUGCUUCUAAACGUUUACAAAUGGUACACGCUCACUUGGUUGUCGUUGGCUCCUCUCAUUAUUCUUCUUCUGGUAGGUACAAAGCUUGAGCUUAUCAUCGUGGAGAUGGCUCAAGAAAUGCAUGAUCGGAAUACAGUUGUUAAAGGCGCUCCCGUUGUGGAGCCAAACAACAAGUACUUUUGGUUUAACCGACCUGAGUGGACUCUUCUCUUAAUUCAUUUUACAUUAUUUCAGAACGCAUUCCAAAUGGCGUACUUCGUCUGGAUAUCUUCUGAAUUUGGGUUCACAUCAUGCUUCCACGACAACUUGCCUCUGAUAUUGAUAAGGGUUUUCCUUGGGGUAGCCCUACAGAUCCUAUGCAGUUACAUUACCUUCCCUCUUUAUUGUUUGAUUACACAAAUGGGAUCUCAUAUGAAGAAAGCAAUUUUUGAGGAGCAAACGGCGAAGGCUCUUAAGAACUGGCAAAAGGCUGCAAAGCAAAGAAAGAAGUUGAGGAAUACUAAAGGAGAUGCUUCUUCCUCAGGAUUUGUAAGCGGGGAAAAUACCCCAAGUCGGGGUACAUCACCCUUGCAUCUGCUUCACAACCAAAAGCUCAGGUCCAAUCAAUCCGACCUUGAAAGCGUCCUCAAUUCCCCAAGAUCUUACCAAUCUGACGCUGAGCUCUCGGAGAUGGAAGGUUCCGCACAUGAAGGGAAUGGUUUUAGAAGACAAGGAGACCAACCUGCAACAGCAAUAGAAAUGAAAGAAGGAUCACAUACUGUUGAUUUUACAUUUGCUAGUCGACCUUGA